AUGUCGUCAUAUGCAGUCCAGACCACUUAUCUAAGCUGGCAUCUUCUGGGCUUCUCUUCUAUUCAUCAUCUAUCAUCAAGGCCUAAAGGCCUAGGUAUCGUAUCAUUGCCGUGCAAGGUGGCAGAGGGCAUAUUGGUAGCUGGGGGCUCACGCCAUGUUACUGUAACAGGCAGAGGUGGGGAAAAAUUCAGAUGCGAAGAUUGUUUCUUGGUCGAGCUGGUCUGCUAUGAUUGCAUUGUUCAGUCACACUACCACACGCCCCUACAUAGAAUCAAACAAUGGAAGGAUGACCUUUUCCACACAGUCUUGCUCAUGUCACUGGGUCUCCAUGUCCAGUUGGGUCACAGGCCAGGGGAAGAGUGUAAUAGCUGCAGAGCAGCCUACGAUGAUGAUUUCGUGGUCAUCGAUGUACAUGGGAUACAUGAGAUAAAGCUUGACUACUGUGGGUGCACACAUGCACCAUCCUGCUACAAACAGCUUCUUCGUGCACAAUGGUUCCCAGCUACAACAAUUGAUCCCAGAACAGUGGCAACUUUUGCUAUUCUUCAACUUUUCCACCUUCUUUCAUUCGAGUCCAAAGUCUCUGCUUACAAAUUCUAUCAUUCUCUUACAUGGAGAACCAACAACAUUGGUACUAAGCCAAUUCGUGAUCGUUAUUCUGUGUUCCUUCACAUAGUAUCAGAGUGGCAACACUUGAAGGCACUGAAACGAUCCGGGCAGGGGCACGAUCCUGCAGGUAUUGAGGCAACACAAGAGGGGGAGCUGGCUGUAUUGUGUCCAGCUUGCCCACAGCCUGGCAAGAAUCUUCUGGAAGGUUGGGAGAAUGUGCCACGAUCUGAAUGCCUUUUUUUGGCGAUUGAUACAAACUUUUGCCUGAAGUGGCAUCUGGUGUCAACUGACAGCAAAGAUCCAGGUUUAGGCCACGGGUGGGGUUAUUUUGUGGAAGAAGGUAAGUAUAAGGUGCACAUCAAUAUGAAUAGCGAGGUCUUACAAGAGAAAAGUACAUGUGUUAGUCACAAUGCUGUGAACAUGGCGGAUACAAAGAGUUCGAAGGGGCUCGCUGCUACCGGAGUCGGUACGGUAGACUGUGCUUGCCAUGAUAUGAAGCUUCCAAACAGUGUUGGAGAUCUACAGAAAGGAGAGAAGUAUCUUCACAUGGAUUACCUCAUAUUCUCAGCCCUCAUUGCAUUUUCACAGCUUAUUGUCUUCAACUUCUCCUAUGACAUCACCUGUCAGUGGCACAAAAAACUCUGGAGUCGCAUGCCUAGCCUUCCUCCUGCACUUCACCUUGAUCAUCCAAGUAAGGUGAUAAAUUAUUUUGUCCCAAAAUUCCACUUGGACGCCCACAUCAAAGCAUGUCAAACUAAAUUUUCAUUCAAUUUGACUCCUUGGCAUGGAUGGGCAAAUAUUAAUCAUGUGGCUGCAAGUAUGAAGGAAAUGGGUCCAGGAGCUCGUCGGGACACCCUCAAUGACCAUUUUGGUGACUGGAAUUGGAAGAAGAUAUCAGGGCGAACAAUGUUGCGCAAGAUCAAGGAAGCUGUCAAGGCAGAGAAAGACCAUUGUGCUGCACUUCAAGAACUCGAGGGGUCCAUCAAGUCUUCAGAGUUGGGUGCUGCAUACAUCGCUGAGUGGAAAAAUGAGAUCAAGGCAUGGGAGACUGAUCACACAAAGCCAAAUCUGUUUGAUAGUAGAGUUGUUGGUGCAUCUAUUCAAUCUCCUGCAGUUUGUCUCGCCCUUAGGCAACAGGAUGCCAGGGAGCUUGAGGAUGGUGCCAUCAUAUCACUCCAUGCUGAAGUAACACCUAGUGUGCUCAUUAGCACUGCCAUAGAUCUCGAGCAUGCACAACAUCAUCUUUGGGUAGAUGCAGAUGCACUUGGGCUGCAUGCGACUGACACCCAGAGAGCAAACAUUGUGACCUGCAGGAAUGCACUGCAAUGCCGGGUUGAAGCAUGGUCUAGUGUUCAAGUUUUAUACAUGCCCAUUGUUGCCAACUUGCGUGCUACAACCCUCUCCCAUCAAUUCCAUCUACAAAAUACUGGCCAUGAUGACAGCGGCUUACCAAGUUCAAAGCCUGACUCCGGGAAAGCCGAGGAUUUCCCACUCCUUUUCCCUUCCGAUGUCUGUGAUCUCACUGUUUGCGAUCUGAAGCUCCUCAAACUCGAGUGGUCACUGCAGUAUGCUCAAGCCAACGAUGCACUCACUGAGUGCCCUCAAAACAUCUGUGGGCAAGGUGCCAACACACAAGCACACAAGACUGUUGACACACUAGAAAACCGCUUGGCAAUGUCUCAUGCAAAAUACUGCUGUGCUCACAAAGCACUUCUCCGGAGGUUUCAACCACUCAAAAAGUCAGACCUUCGGCCUAUGGGAGACUUUGGAGGACAAACCCAGGGUACCGCUAUUAUGUCUUGGAUUUGGCUGACACAUGGAGUUUCCACUGACAAUAGUGCUGGUCUUCAGGACUGUGAGGCGCGCCACAACCGGUGGCAUGAAGAAAUUCAGUUACUCAUGAAGGAAAUGCAGCAUGUAUUGGCUUUCCUGAAGUGGCAUAUACAAUGGUGGGAGGAACGUGCAACCCUUCAAACAUUUGUAAGGGCUGAGGAGACAGAGGGAUUUGUGGCAUAUGCCAAGUGUCAGGGUGCUGUUCGCCGUGCAUUGUUGAUGAGUUUUGAGGACAGUAUGGUUCUUAUGAUAGGCAUUCCGCUUCCCUAUGGAUGGCUUAGUCUUUUAUCUUAUGAGAAAAUUGUUGACAACAUGAUUGAGCUGAGGAGCCUCCAAAAUUGGUUCCGUGGCCGCAUCAAACGUCCCAUUCUUCAAUGUGUAGAUAAUGUGUUCCGAAAACAGUGGGGGAUUGAGAUUGAUUGA